UAGAUUUUUUUCACCCCUAAGAUAGUGCUUUAGUGUAUUAAAAUGCAUUUGAUCGCUAAAGCAUAACAUGUAGUAGAUUUUCUAUCAUAAAGUUGUGUUAUUAAUUAUUUUAAUAAAUAUAAACAGGGAAGAGAGGACUUCGUGUGGGAUAGUUUCUGUAUAGGAUCUGGAGACGGGCACGUUUUUGUGAGGCACUUCGCUUGCUAAACAUCGUGGAAUACCAGAAAGACUGGGAAACAGAAUUGUUGUGGCGCUUUGCGUGGUCCUCAACAAGCUGGUAUCAAAAUACAACUUUGAAGAAGACCAGAACAAAAUAUGAUGUAAAAAUCUGAACAUUCUGCAUAAUUGAGAUUUGUCUUGGAAAGGAGCAAAGAGUGACAUUUUGCACAACUGGUGCUUAAACCUUUUAUAUACACAUUGCAAUGUUUCUAUAUAAUCUUACUCUGCAGAGAGCAACAGGCAUUACCCAUGCUAUCCAUGGAAAUUUUACAGGAACAAAACAACAAGAAAUUGUUGUGUCUCGUGGGAAGAUUCUGGAACUGUUACGACCUGAUCCCAACACAGGCAAGGUUCAUACACUGCUUACAGUUGAAGUGUUCGGGAUUAUCCGUUCACUCAUGGCCUUCCGACUAACUGGUGGGACCAAAGACUAUAUUGUGGUAGGAAGCGAUUCUGGUAGGAUUGUUAUUUUGGAAUAUCAGCCUUCGAAGAACAUUUUUGAGAAGAUCCAUCAGGAGACAUUUGGAAAGAGUGGAUGUCGUCGAAUUGUGCCUGGACAAUUUCUUGCAGUUGACCCAAAGGGUCGUGCUGUCAUGAUUGGUGCCAUUGAGAAGCAGAAACUGGUAUACAUAUUGAACAGAGAUGCUGCUGCACGUUUGACCAUCUCAUCCCCACUGGAAGCGCACAAAGCCAACACUCUGGUGUACCAUGUUGUUGGUGUGGAUGUCGGAUUUGAGAACCCAAUGUUUGCUUGCCUGGAAAUGGAUUAUGAGGAAGCAGACAAUGAUCCAACUGGAGAAGCAGCUGCAAACACCCAACAGACGCUGACUUUUUAUGAAUUGGACUUGGGAUUGAACCAUGUGGUUAGAAAGUACAGUGAACCACUGGAAGAGCACGGAAACUUUUUGAUAACGGUUCCUGGAGGUUCAGACGGGCCUAGUGGGGUGUUGAUUUGCUCUGAAAACUACAUCACGUACAAAAAUUUUGGAGACCAGCCUGACAUUCGAUGUCCCAUUCCCAGAAGAAGAACUGACCUUGAUAAGGGAGAAAGGGGCAUGGCAUUUUUAUGCGGGUCUUGCCAUAAAAGUUCUGUAGUGUUUUUUUUUUUUUUUUUGGAAGAACAAGGUCAAGUAUUCAGUGUGGAAACCCUGUCAUUUUUGCAGAGGCUUGUGACAGAAAUCCGUUUGAAGUAUUUUGACACCGUUCCUGUAGCUACUGCGAUGUGUGUCUUGAAAACCGGUUUUCUGUUUGUUGCAUCUGAGUUUGGAAAUCAACAACAUUACAACAAUGAAGAAAUCAACAGGAAACGUGAUGUUCUAACGAAGUUGGUGAAAAGACAUCGUUCUCUAGUUGUUGAAAAUUGUUAUUUUGAACAAUGUAUCGAGUUAAAAAUUAUGCCGAAGGGGUUGAGAUUUUUCAAAUGCCCCAACGGCGUACAUACAGGAGAUGCUAUGUUUGGGACUUUGGUAACAUUCUUCAAUGAAGCAGGUAUGGCAUUUUUAAGACUGCUUAUCGAUCAUAAUGUUGUAAAGAUGUCUAACUUAAAGGAUGAGAUUGAUCAGUUAGAGCAAGAAAUAGCGGACAGUAACGUUUACAAUGGUGAUGUUUUUAAGUCAGUUUUCGAUGAGGUUGAAAAACACUCAUUAGAAAUCACAAAUAGAAAGCAAACAAAAUUACAACGAGACAUUAUUGCGUAUGAAACAAAAACAGCAUAUUCCCAUUUUGUUUCAAACAACAGGGACUAUAACAAUAAACAACAAAGUUAUCAAGGUUUUAAUAGGCGACACUACAGUUCCGUGGUUGCUACCAAAGAAUCUUUUGGUAGUUUUUCUCACGGAAAAGCAACUGCAUGUAUUCAGGGUUCGGAUUGUGGAAACACCAAUGAGGUUUGUACUUCUUUUACAAGGACCAAUGUUGGUUCUUUAAAAACAUCUGAACAGGUUGCUAAUAAUACAGGCGAUAAGAUGGAAGAAAUGCUUACAGCCGAAGAAAACCGUCCUCACGAGAAGCCGGACUUUUCUGAAUUCGAACUCCUCGGGAGACGAGAAUUAACUUCAUUGAAUGACAAUUCGGACAUUAUCAAUCUAACAGAGCAUAUUUUUACACCCUGUGAACUUAGGUUAUUACGUUUAGGUUUAAAUUUUGUGCCCACUAGGAAGGCAGACUUGUGCAGAACUAUUGUGGACAUUAAAAAGUUCACCAGGAAAAUGAACUUGAAUUAUAUAUUAAGCGAUAUUCCAGUUAUUAAGAAACCGCUUAAAAAACCUUCAGAUUAUAACCCCACUCUUAGUAAUACUAUUAAAGUGUUUGAAGAAGCAUGCAUUAGAGAAGUUGAAGGAAUAUUUUUAAAGAGAGGGAAUGAGGAUGAAUAUGAGGUCAUUUCCCUUUAUGACAUCAAGAGGAAACAACGUUUAAUUCAUUCUUUUCUUUAUGAAGCUUUAAUGUGUAAUGAGAUUGACUUGGACGUUUAUGAGUUCUGUGUUAUUAAGAAUCCCAGGAUUGUGGUAGAGGUUGUUAAAUCUGACUUAAGGGGUGGUGAUUACAAAAAUUUUGUAGAACAAAGGGAAACACUUUGGCAAGUCAGAUUAAAAGCUGACAAGCCCCCAGGUCUUAAUGAGACCAUUAAUAUUAAAUGUUUUUUGAAAGGGUCUCGAUUAAAUAUUGACAAAGAAUUAAUAGAAAAUCUGCCUUUUCUACAUUCACUUUUCAUCGCAAACUGUAUUUCAUGUAUUUUCUUCAUUGAUAUCCUACAGAUUGCUGAUUUGGCAAAUGAAGACACACCACAGUUGUAUGUGGCUUGCGGCAGGGGUCCUAGGUCAUCUCUAAGAGUCCUGAGGCAUGGUUUGGAGGUGUCUGAAAUGGCUGUGUCAGAACUGCCAGGUAACCCCAAUGCUGUAUGGACAGUGAGACGUCACAUUGAAGAUGAAUAUGACGCAUACAUCAUUGUGUCCUUCGUUAAUGCCACACUGGUGUUGUCUAUUGGUGAAACUGUAGAAGAAGUGACAGAUUCUGGGUUUCUUGGCACUACCCCAACUUUGUCUUGUUCAUUGUUGGGGGAUGAUGCCUUAGUACAGGUUUACCCUGAUGGUAUUCGGCAUAUUCGUGCAGACAAAAGGGUAAAUGAGUGGAAGACCCCUGGGAAAAAGGUUAUUGUGAAGUGUGCUGUGAACCAGCGGCAAGUGGUAAUCGCCCUGACAGGAGGUGAACUUGUUUACUUUGAAAUGGACCCUUCAGGGCAGCUGAAUGAAUAUACUGAGAGGAAAGAGAUGACUGCAGAUGUAGUAUGCAUGAGCUUAGCCAAUGUCCCUCCUGGAGAGCAGCGUUCCAGGUUUUUGGCUGUUGGGCUAAUGGAUAACACAGUCCGUAUCAUCUCACUUGACCCUUCUGAUUGUUUACAGCCAUUAAGUAUGCAGGCAUUGCCUGCCCAGCCUGAGGCCCUUUGUAUUGUGGAAAUGGGCGGUGCAGAGAAACAAGAUGAUCUUGGAGACAAAUCUAUUGGUUUCCUUUACCUGAAUAUUGGACUGCAGAACGGAGUAUUGCUGCGAACAGUUCUGGACCCAGUCACUGGUGAUCUUUCAGAUACCAGAACAAGAUACCUUGGGUCACGGCCUGUAAAGCUGUUUCGUGUCAGAAUGCAAGGACAGGAAGCAGUGCUGGCUAUGUCUAGUCGUUCCUGGCUGAGCUACUCUUAUCAGUCUCGUUUUCACCUGACUCCACUUUCAUACGAGACAUUAGAGUAUGCUUCAGGUUUUGCAUCUGAACAGUGUCCAGAGGGUAUUGUGGCUAUUUCUACUAACACACUGAGAAUCUUGGCCCUGGAGAAACUGGGAGCAGUGUUCAAUCAAGUUUCUUUUCCUCUCCAGUACACCCCCAGGAAAUUUGUCAUUCACCCUCCGAGCAACAACCUCAUCAUCAUUGAGACUGACCACAAUGCCUACACAGAAGCCACUAAAGCCCAGAGGAAGCAACAGAUGGCAGAGAAUGCAUAUGCGCAAGCUACAGUGGUACCUCAAAAGCAUUUGGUCCCAGCACCAGAAUCGCUUGGAGCAAGUAAUCCUCCUCUUUCCCUGUUUAAAGAAAGAGAUCAGCUGGUCGAUCCAACAAGUCCAGCUAAACCCAGGGCUUCCACUCCAGCUCACCACCCCAACCCAGAGUUAGAGAAGAAAAUGUAUUUUGAUUUGAAUUUUCUUAUAUUGUUCGUUGUCCUUUCCAGUGUUGCAGUUUGCAAGUUUUCCAGUUCUGCAGAUGACUGGUAUGUGCUGGUUGGUGUUGCAAAGGAUUUGAUUCUCAAUCCACGCUCUGUGGCAGGUGGCUUCAUCUAUACAUAUAAACUAAUAAAUAACGGUGAAAAGUUGGAAUUUGUACACAAGACCUCAAUAGAGGAAGUGCCUUCAGCCAUUGCUCCCUUCCAGAGUCGUAUUCUAGUUGGUGUGGGUAGGCUUUUAAGAGUGUAUGACCUGGGAAAAAAGAAACUGCUUCGCAAAUGUGAAAACAAGCAUCUUCCCAACUAUAUUUCUGCCAUUCACACUAUUGGUAGCCGUGUGGUAGUCUCCGAUGUCCAGGAAAGCUUUGUGUGGUUGCGCUACAAGAGGAAUGAGAACCAGCUGAUUAUAUUUGCAGAUGACACUUAUCCUCGGUGGCUUACCACAGCCUCUCUCCUAGACUACGACACCAUGGCAGGAGCUGAUAAAUUUGGUAACAUCUCUGUGGUGCGAUUGCCCCCGAAUACAAAUGAUGAUGUAGAUGAGGACCCAACAGGAAACAAAGCGUUAUGGGAUAGAGGACUUCUGAAUGGUGCCUCACAGAAGGCUGAUGUGUGCAUGAAUUAUCAUGUAGGGGAGACGGUACUUUCCUUACAGAAAACAACCCUUAUUCCUGGUGGCUCAGAGUCUUUGGUAUACACCACCUUGUCAGGAGGUAUUGGCAUACUUGUUCCAUUCACAUCUCAUGAGGAUCACGACUUCUUUCAGCACCUUGAAAUGCAUCUCCGAUCAGAGCAUCCUCCUCUUUGUGGACGUGAUCACCUCAGUUUUCGAUCAUAUUAUUUCCCUGUUAAGAAUGUAAUUGAUGGAGAUCUUUGCGAACAGUUCAACUCCAUGGAUCCAGGCAAACAGAAGGGUGUGGCCGAGGAGCUGGACAGGACUCCACCUGAGGUCUCCAAGAAACUUGAAGACGUUCGUACACGCUAUGCUUUCUAAAGACAGCUUUUUCUUUCCAAUGAAUGCAUACUACAGCUGCAGUCGCUGAGCUGGCUGAACUUUUUAAUAACAGGACUCCUCUGUUUUCUGCUAAAGGAGACAUUAAUUGAAAGUCGUCAAACCGCAGCUGCUGCACCAGUAUGAACUUAAUGCAGGGACCUACUAAAAAGGUUGAGUGACAGCCCCCUCAGCUCUGUGCAUGUCACUCUUGCACAAAUUGACAGCAGUGUAAACAUGUUGAACAAGAAAGUUCAGACUCAGAAUGAUUUAAUUUUUUUUUUUUUUGAAGUUUCUCUCUUUUUAAGAACUGGGAGUUUACUUUGGUACAGCAGUCCUUGGCAUAAUUGAACAGUCUUCACUUUUACCUUAUUAGUAUUUUGAUGUCAGUACUUCUGUUUCUGCUUUUUCAAGUAACUAUAACAGUUUUGUUACUUAAAAAUAAUUUUCUAAAAAGAAAAGUCAGUUUGUGCUUUCAGCACCCAACUUAAUACUAAGACUUGCCAUUUUAUCCGUUAUUUAUUUUGUAUGAUGCUGGGUUAAAAGUGGUAGUCUGCUAUGCAUAGUACGGCCUCACUGUUGAGUGCACUUCAUUUUUUUUUUCAAUGAGUGUGCAAUCUUAACAGCUGCUUUAUAAUGGAUAUGGAAGGAUUUUGAGUAAUAAGAUUUCAUUUCUCAUUCCUUUCCCUGUCAGUAGGUAAAUAAAUUAUAGUAUUUUUAAUA